AAGUAUUGAUUGUCAACAAGACUGUGUCAAACUGUUUGCCCCGAGACGACAAAAAUUAAUUAUUCUUCAACUUCAAUAAACAUUUGGGUUAAGUCAAUUCGUUUGGAGUUAAUCUUUACAAAACAGUACAAAUGAGUAUUAAGGAACCAAUUGUGGACACCCAGAACGCAUUUCAGCAACACCCAACGUUCAGAAAAUCAACUGAGGACCCUCGAACAACCAACUCACACUAUCACCGUAAAAAAUACUUCCACAAAAACACACUUUUAUUCGUUUUGAGAAAACAAACAAAAAAAUCCGCAGGAAGUGUCUUUGACUGUACAAACAAACUCACACCCUAUGGCUGCCACAAAUGUAGACAUUACACGACAUUAUUUUUUGAACAUUUACGACACCAUCUUCGAACAAAUUGUAAACCACCAACAACUCGACCAAAAUCCAAAACGAAAACCUUCAAAUGUGACCACUGCUCUUACAAAUCCAGAGAAAAACGAGACGUAGCUAACCACACACUCCGAAGACACACAAACAAGUCAGAAAUUGUCUGGAUACAAUGUGACCAGUGCACUUCCAAAUUUAAACUCAAAAGCGACCUACAAAAACAUAGGGUAAAACACGACGAAGAGCGACACUGGUGGAAAUGUGAACUGUGUCCGUACGAAACCCCAUAUAUUUCUAACCUGCACGCACACGUGAAGCGAAAACAUGUAACUGAAAACAAGUGGAUUCAGUGUGAACAGUGCCCCUACAAGAGUGUCUCUAUCCACAUUAUGCGACGACACAAGUUGACUUUGCACGAAAGUUUGGACAAUAUUGAGUGGUUUCAUUGCACCCAGUGCCCGUACAAAGGUAAAACCCGCGACUACUUGAGAAAACACCACCAGCGGUACCAUUUGAAGAUUUACAAAUAUUACGAGUGCGACAAAUGCACGUACAGAGGUUUCAGCAACGCGACGUUGCGGGAUCACGUGAUUAGAAUGCACGUGGAGGCGGCGAAAAUUCAGUGGCUUCAGUGUGACCACUGUCCGGCCAAAUUCAAAGUGAAAGACACCCUACGGAGGCACAUGAUCAAGUGCGAACGUCUAGCGCUUGAAAUAUCCACCAAGCGCUCGAGUAGUUUUGAUUUUCAAUAUCAGGUGGAAAAAGUUUGAAUUUGGCGCCACCAGUUAAGUUGGUAAUAGUUUUUUUGACAUUUAUUUAUUAUUAUUCUAGCAUUUCCAGCAGCACAUUUAUUAAUAAUGCAACGAACGUGAGUCAUUUAUUAGUGUUUGAGUUUGCAACGAUAAAAAAUAAAGGUAAAUUGUGGUUAAAUUCCAUUAAAAGUGGCACGAUUGACGAUUUUGGCCACCAGAGGG